AUGUACGCGUCAUCCAUCUCAAAACUCUUUAUGAAAUACCUGAGAAAUGGCUGAAAACAUGAGUCGGCUGACUAGAAGUUUUCUUUUUUAAUUUCUUUCCAAUCUUUGAGAAGAACUGACCAGUCAAAAUGAGACCGACUAAUUUUAUGAAGUGGGAUCCUUCCGAUCCAUGCAUAUUGCACGUCAUGAUGACUCUCACGAGAACGUCAUUAACACAACUUCGAACCAUAGUAAGUAGCUGGUUUAUUUAAAUAUUUAUACAUCUUUAGAUGAGCCAAUACUGCAAUUAAACCAGUCUGCAGUUUAAGAACAACCUUAUUUUUGUCGAUAAAUAAAUAAAAAUUGCUUUCGAUUGACUAAGAUAUCAUUAUUAUUGUUUGUCCAAUCAUGCGAGUACUGAAAAUUAUAUAUAUUCUGGAGAUACUCAUGUUCUUUUAAAAAGAAAAUACCAUAAAAUAAUCCCAAGUAUUUGUGCAGUACUAUGACAGAUCACUAUCCAGAAUUAAACCGGUGUAACUAAAACAUGAUGUGUCAGCAAUACAUGCAAAAUUAUUAUUAAAAAGAAAAAAGAAAAAAAUUAGAAAAAAGAAGAUAUUUAUCCUGGACACUGCUGAGAAACAAUGAAUUCUUUAUGACUUCAAAGAGAGAGUAGAGAUUACACAAUCACCUGAUUCAUUCUUGAAACAAAAAAAGAGAGAGAAGACCAGCUGGCUCGAUCGGUGUUUAUAAGUUGAUGCAAUCCAAAAUCAAAAUAAAAUACCAACGCUUUUUAAUUAGUGGCUUCGGGAUAAUUUCUAUCCUAGAUGAAAUUUACACUAUAUAUCCUCGGUAACUGAAAAGGAUCAUGAUGAAAUGAUCAUAUUUAUUGCGCUUGAUCUGGACAAUAUUAGAAAUAAAAAUAGGUAUCCAAAGUCUUGAGUUUCUCAUUGUUUGAGGCCUUGAGAGCUGUUUAAUCACAGUUGGAGAAUGGUGGCAUAGCCUCAUGAAAUGCUAUUUAUUCUCUGUAAGGCAAAGUCUGCUCAAGAGGGCUCAGUCGAUCCGUAGGUACUUUUUGGCUUGCUGCAGGAUUCAAAGACAUAUGCAGCAUGAGAAACAAGAGGGCAUUCGCAUACACCUAAAAGUCUUCAGGGCGCCUCUAUGGAGAACAAGAUUCUACAACCUCACUCAGGAACAUCUGAGUCAUCAAGAAAGAGGAAGUUAAUAACUGUGGAUACAAAGUGUACCAUCUCGGAAUCAGAUCAUGUUUUGGAUGGGGGAAUCCUGAAAGAAUCAAACUGGCAAUCCCAGACUCGUAAUGUGUUCAUUCCAGCUCAUGGAGGGCAUGAAAAAAUGUCUGUUAUGAAAUCUUGUGAUGAACCUGCAGGAAAGGCUGAGUUUGGUGGUCCUGGUUUACAAGCUGGAAUGAAUUACAGAAUCAAUAAAUCUUUUGAUUUUAAACAAAUUGGUCAGACUUCAAAUUCUCCCAGAGUAAAUGUUAUUUCAGAUAUUGGAACAGGCUCUUUGUUUUCUUCUUCAUGCGUUGGACACAAGGAAAAGGAUGUGUCACUGCAAAGUGAACUACUGUUUUCCAGUGGCUCUUUAGGUACAGGGUUGACUGAUAACUGUAUAAAAGAGAAGGGUGGAAGUCAAGGAGAUGGAAAUAUGCACAUGAAUAAGGUAGAAGGAUCAGAUGUUGAGAAUUCUAAGCAUUCCUUCUUGGAAGAAACUGUACCUAGAAAUGGGGAUUGUCCUCCUAUGCAGGUAGAUACUCGGCAUUAUCCAAUUCCUGGUUCUUUUAAGUCUGAUGAAAAAAGUAAAUCACUUGUCAGAAAAAUAGUUCCCACAGUUGCUGAGAAGCUCUGGGAUGGGUCCCUUCAGUUGAAUUCUUCUGUAAAUGUGGUUGCGGUUGCCUUCUUUAAGAGCGGUGAGAAGAUGCCUAAUAUCAAGUGGUCUGAAUCUGUAGAAGUCAAAGGGAAAGUGAGGUUAGAGGCUUUUGAAAAAUAUAUUCAGGAUCUCCCUCGUUCGCGCAACCGAGGUUUAAUGGUAAUCUCACUUUGCUGGAAAGAAGGGUCAUCUGAAACUGGACUGGCAGGCAUGAAAAAGGUUGCAAAAGGGUACAAAGAAGGGGAGAGAGUUGGGCUUGCACAGCUCUCCCCAGGUAUUGAUCUUUAUGUCUGUCCUCGCAGUGAGACCAUAAUCACAAUACUUGCUAAGCAUGGGUUCUUCAAGGGCAUGGCUGCUGUUGAAGACAACCAAGAUUCCUUGAUUGGUUGUGUUGUGUGGCGAAAAAAAGGAGCAAAUUCUGUUAAGAAAUCUGAGAAAGAAAAUUGUUCCUGGACAGAGCAGCCUGUCAACUUCCCACCUGACUCUUCUACCCAAAGAGUUGCUGAAAAUAAUUUGCAUUAUACACAACCAGCUGAGGCAUCCCUCCCAGUUGCGUCAGGAGCAGAUUGCACCACUCUUGAGAUUAUAAAAUGUGAAAGUUCUGAAAGCAAGAAUAUCAGGCCUAGCAACAUUCAACUUGAGUUGCAUAAUUCUUCCACCAUCAUUAAACCCUUGCCAACACGUUCAUUCCAAAGCAAUUCUCUAUCUGUUUCAGUGGGACUUAAAACAUCAUGUUCUGACUGUGACUCUCGUCAGGAUUCUUUGGGACAGUCAUUGGAAGUUGAAGCUCCUCAGAUGCACAAUUUGGGACCCGAGAGACCUAAACAGAGCUUGGAACUUCAAAGGCCUAUCUUGUCCCUCCCGCAUGAUGUUGUCAACAGAGUUGCACCUCUGCCUGAUGAUGACGACCUUCCUGAAUUUGAUUUUGGAGCUUCUCAAGGAUUUAGGAACAUGAAUGGAUCCCUUCCGCGGAUCGUGCCCACUGUAGAGUCGCUAUUUUCCAAUCAAAGAAGAUUGGAAACUUCAAAUCUUCCAAUGCUUACUCUAGAUGAGAAGAAGAUUCUAGUAAAGAAAUUUGGUGAACAUGGCAAGACAUCUGAAUUUCCUAUUGUGGAAGAACCAAACGCAGCCCAAUUUCAAGCUGUUACCACACCUGGUAGCGGCAGCAUUGCUGUUCCACGUUCAAAGAACCAUUUUGAUGAAGAUGAUGAUGAUAUGCCCGAAUGGUGCCCGCCAGAUGUUGAGAUUCACAAGCAAUCAGUUCCACAGAUAAAUCGACCAUCGGUAACUAUGAUCAAUCACGAAGUACCAAAGUCGAGGUUCCAAACAUCUUCAGGUCCUCCAAGCCCUCUGCUCCCUUCUCCACAUCCCAUCACAGCCCAUCCUCCAUUUUCAACCCAGACAGUGCCUCCUGCAUAUAGUUUCCACAAUGCAGUCACUGUGAGACCUGUGCAACCAAGACCACCUAACGGAUACAUGCAUAGGGGUCCAAUUUCUUUUAUGGGAUCCACUUCUAACCCACUAUCGAGACCAAUGUCAAACACAUUGGAUCUUAAAUUUCCUAUCUAUCCUGCUGGUUGGAGAGUCCGGAGGUCGUGAUGCUUGGAGAUCAACAAAACUAGUAAGCUGAUACCUUGAACUGAUGUGUGAAAUGUUGGUCAAAACGUCGUAGAGAAGAAUCCUGCUUCAGGUAGAAAAGACACCGAAGAAGCAUGAUUCUAGUAGGAACAUCAAGUUGUAAAUAUUACAGGAGCAGCAAGUUAGGUGUUCGUUCAUGCCUAGGAUCUCGCCUGUUUUCAUAUUAUAUGAAUCAUCUAAAAUCCUAGAGUCGUCUUCCCUUUUUUUCAAA